AUGGAGAUGAAGCAAGACGUGGCCGAAGAGGAUGGACGGGGAGAGGAGGAGGGGGAAGAGUUGCUAGCACUGCACGAGGUGCUUCCGCUGGAGGUCAUGCAGCACAUCAUGGGCAUGGCCGACCCCGCCAGCGUGGCAAGAGCCGAGGGCGUGUGCCGCGCGUGGCGCUCCGCGUGCGAGUCGCCCUUCGUGUGGGAAGCCGUCUUCCGGCGCCACUUCAGCUCCCGCCCCUCCACCACUGCCAAAGGCACUCCCUCCCCCCCACCCACCACUCGACUCCAGAAGUGGCGGGAGCGAUGCGUGAAGGCGGCCAUCUCGCUUCGUCGCCUGCAGGCCCUCAAGGGCGAAGCCCGGCUGCGGGAUACCCUCAGGUGGUGUGCUGCGUGCGGUCACGACCGCGUGCUGCGCGAGCUGCUCACGAAGGAGGCGGCCCACAUGACGCUCGACCUGCUCAACGGCAAGCGGCCGCCCAACACCGACGAGAGCAAGUUCCAGUACUCCGACGACGGCUCCGCGCGUCCGGUGCACCUGGCCGCCUCGGUGGGCUGCGCCGAGGUGGUCGAUCUCCUCGCGCUCGCCGGCGCCGACCUCAACGUGGCCAACAUCCGAGGGCAGACGCCGGUGGGCGUCGCCGCGGCCAAGGGAUUCCUCGACGUUGUCGAGGUGUUGCUGCGCCACGGCGCCGGCGGCAGCGACUUCACGCAGCUGAUCCAGGCCCAGCAGAAGGUGGGAACAAGAAAGGGCAUGCGGCCGCUCUCGUUCCAAGCCGCCGCCGGAGGCCACAUCAAGAUCAUGGAGGUGCUCAUGGAGAAGGCCGGCGGGCCGGAGAAGGCGCGGGAGCUGAUCAACGCGGUGGAGUCGCGGACCGGCAAUACGGCGCUCCACUUUGCGGCGGAAAACGGGCAUUGCGCGAUGGUGGCUUUUCUCCUCAAACAAGGCGCCGAGAAGAACGCAUUGAACGGGUCGAAGCAAACGGCGCUGCACCUGGCCACGCUGGCCGGGUGCGUGCCGGCCGUGCGCAUGCUGGUGGAGCACGGCGCUCAGAUCCUGUUCACCGCGGCCGAGGCCAAGUCCAAGAAGGUGCCAGCCUCGCCGCUGCACCUGGCGGCCUCUAACCGCUCUGAGGCCCUCGUGUCCCUGUUUAUCGAGCUGGGCCUCGACAUCAAUCUGACGGACGCCGCCGGCCGCAUCCCGCUUCACUUUGCGGCGCGCGCGGUGCCCAAGAAUGCGGGAUUCAUCGAAUUCCUUCUCGCGCGCGGAGCCGACGCCAAGGCCGUCGAUGAGGAGGGCCAAGGCGUGCUCCACUACGCCAUCACCAAUGAGUGUUCAGCCGAGCUGGUGGCGAUGUGCAAGCGUCUGAUUGAUGCAGGAGCUGAUGCCCACUCCAAGGAUCCGGUCUUGGGCCUGGAACGCCUCAUCGCCCGUUCGUACUACCAGUCAAGCUACGAUCGUGAUCUCGUCAACCUGUUUGUGGAGCGUGGCAUCGACAUAAAAGACCCGCCCAAAGCGCACCACUACGAUCUGGUGUUGGCCCUGCUGGACUGGGGCGUCGACCCCAACGCCAGCGUCACCGGCACAACGCCAAACCUGCCGUUGCACAUGGCCCUGGGUGGCCAUUCCUACCAUUACAGCGAUGCCGACAGGCGGCGUGUAGUCGAACUUCUUCUCGAGAGAGGAGCCGAUGUGAAUCGCUUGGCGGGCUACAACCAAAGUCAGGCCUUGUUCUAUCUGCCCUGCGAUCCCGACGAGACCUUUGAUUUCCUGUUGUCGCGCGGCGCCGAUAUCAACGCAAGGAACGAGCGGGGCGAGACAUUCUUGUAUCGGGCCGUCAACCACAAUUGGCCCUACGACGCAACGCAUUUCCAACGAAUGAGACAAACCGUCGUUGCCCUCAUUGAGAGGGGCGCCGAUCCCGGGCAGUGCCGGGUGGACGGCCAUGGCCCAGUGAGUGAGGUUGGUGUUGACCCGACCGACACGACGGGCUGGGAGUGGAUCGCGUUCCUGCGGUCCGUGGGCAUUCCCAUCCGGACCGCUGCUGAUGAUGACGAGCCGGCAGCGGCCGCAGCGGGCAGUGGUGACGCGACUGGUGCGGAAGCAGACGAUGACGGCGAGGGGAGGGCUGAGCCGCUGGGCCACCACCGCCUUAGGAACGAUGGUGACGACACCAACGAGGACGAAGAAGAGGAGGAUAGCAGAAGCAAAGGCAAGGAGAAGCUGGACAAAUGA